AUGCCUCGCGUGCGGAGAAAAUCCAGCAAUCUGGGGGCGGAUAUCCGCGGUGAUACCAGUGCCCCGGCCAUAUCGACCAUGUCCACGGGCAUCGCAACCAAGACGGAGGUUGCAGACGUGUCUCAGGAUCGUCCGCCGCGGACCGCAACAGACAAGGCCGGGAGAUCGCCAGCCAAACGGCGCAAAACACGCUCCUUGUUCCGACGCUGGAUAGACCUUUCGUUGAAGCACACAUGGCUGACGCCUCUGGUGAUCUUGCUGGUGAUCCUGUCCGCGUAUGCCGUCAAUCCGACCGAGUCCAAUCCGAUGCAUAGCGCCAUCUUCCUGUCGUACCGUCGCGAACCGCGCUACCCGGGCGAGCCGGUGAUGUAUGGCAAGGGCAAGAAGGAUUUCGCCUUCGUCGCCUUCUACACCGUCUUCCUGUCCUUCACCCGCGAAUUCCUGAUGCAACGGGUCAUCCGCCCGUGGGCGAUCUACUGCGGGAUCCGCUCCAAGGCCAAGAUCGCUCGCUUCAUGGAGCAGGUCUACACGGCCAUGUACUUUGCCAUCUUUGGGCCGUUUGGUCUGUACGUCAUGAGUCGGACGAAUAUCUGGUACUUCAACACCACGGCCAUGUUCGAAGGGUUCCCGCACCGAGAGCACGAGGCGGAUUUCAAGGCUUACUACCUGCUGGAAGCGGCGUACUGGGCCCAGCAGGCCAUUGUCCUGCUGCUGCAGCUGGAGAAGCCCAGGAAGGACUUUAAAGAGCUGGUUGGGCACCAUAUCAUCACAUUGGCCCUUAUCUUCCUGAGUUAUCGGUUCCACUUUACGUACAUGGGGCUUGCCGUGUACAUUACCCACGAUAUCUCGGACUUUUUCCUGGCAACGUCAAAAACUCUCAACUAUCUGGAUUCCCCGAUCAUUGGGCCGUAUUUUGGACUGUUUGUUGCCGUCUGGAUCUACCUGCGACACUACCUGAACCUCAAGAUCCUCUGGGCAGUGCUGACGGAAUUCCGAACUGUGGGACCGUACGAGCUGAACUGGGAGACGCAACAGUACAAAUGCUGGAUCAGUCAGAUCAUCACCUUUGUCUUGCUGGCCAGCUUGCAGGCGGUCAACCUCUUCUGGCUGUUCCUGAUCCUGCGCAUUCUGAAGAACUACCUCUUGAACAGCGUGAAGAAGGACGAACGGAGCGACAAUGAAGAGGACGACGAAGAGGUGGAGACGACUACGAAAGCUUCGAACGGAUCUGCCGCCCUGCCCAACGGCGACGGUCAGUCAUUGACGCAACGGAAUGUCGGCAAGGACCAGCAGGCUCCUCAGGUUCUCCUGAACGGGCAGCCAGUGGCCGACGCCGACGAUUCCACGGACGACAAGAAAGACCGAUGA